GGACUACUUCCCGUCCAAAGGUACAGCAACAAGCCACACCCAACUCGACCACGUCGCCAAUCGGGUGGUAUCAAGUCAGAGUGUGGCCGUGGUCAGAGUUUCAAUGAACCCCUAUUCGAACCAAAACAAUUGUUUGAGCCUUUGAAGUGGUGCCAAGCAAGGCAAACAUGCACCUGUCCGUCCAAUGCGACAGGGGCAGCGCUAUCCGCCUCAGACACGCGAAUCCCGGUCGUCUGGACGCACCGAUAGGGACAGCGCUGAUAGUGGCGGCGGGCGGGCAGUGGGGAGCCACCAGCGUGGGACCUCGCUGCCCGCCCGCUGUAACUGUUAGUGAUCCCCUUUUCCGCCUUUCCUGCCUGCAGCUGUAUCUGUGCCCAUCUGCGCCUGACAAGCAAACACGGGCACCUCACAUCGGCGCUGGCAUCUUCUCCAUCUUUUUUGACCUUCCUGAAUUCUGCCUUGUUCCUGUCUUCCCCUUUUUCCAGGCCAUCACCACUCGACCCACCCCCGAGCUUGGCCAUCGCAGUACAAGAGUCGGCACGUCGCCGAGCCCCGCGCUGCGAUCCCACCAUCAACCUAGGUAUAUCACCGUUUGAUAGAUGAAGUAGUCAACCCCGUGGCCGUGACACCUCGAACCAUUCCGGUUGGACACUUGGACUUCUCCAGUCUCCUAACCUCCUAUCACAAUGGCGAUUGCUCGCCCAGUACGAGCCCUGGCCCUGGCGGCUGCGCUCGUCUGGUGUUUCUUCAUAUGGCAGCUUCUGUCGCCAUCGGGAACCGCCAUGACCAAAGACAAAUACUUGUCCUUUGAGCGGGAUCCCAACCUGGACCCUACGGGAGAACCCGAAGGGAAGCUCAUACGCGCUUCCGAAGACUAUGCGCCGGGCGCAAAGAACUCGGCCAGAAUCAAUGCCACUCUGCUGGCGCUGGUGCGAAACGAGGAGCUGGAAGGCAUGCUGCAGGCGAUGCGCGACCUCGAGCGGACAUGGAACCACAAGUUCAACUACCCCUGGACCUUUUUCAACGACGUGCCCUUUUCCGAUGAGUUCAAGAAGAGAACGCGCGCGGUAACGAAGGCCGAGGUCAGAUACGAACUUAUCCCCAAGGAGCACUGGGAAAUGCCAUCAUGGAUUAACCAGGACCUGUACCACGAGUCGGUCAAGAUCCUCGAAGAAAAGAAGAUUCAGUAUGCCGACAAAAUUUCGUACCACCAGAUGUGCCGGUGGAACAGCGGCAUGUUCUACAAGCACCCGGCCCUGGCCAACACGCAGUACUACUGGCGCGUCGAGCCCAACGUUCACUUCUUUUGCGAUGUCGACUAUGACGUUUUCCGCUACAUGCACGAUAACAACAAGACGUACGGCUUCACCAUCAACCUGUACGACGCCCCGGCGUCCAUCACUACUCUGUGGCCCGAAACCGAAAAGUUCUUGGCCGAGCACCCCGAAUAUGUGCACGAGAACAGCGCCAUGAAUUGGCUGACGGACAAGACCCGCCGUCCCGACCACACAAAGGAUGCCAACGGUUAUUCGACAUGCCACUUUUGGAGCAACUUUGAGAUUGGCGAUAUGAACUUCUGGCGCAGCAAGGCGUACGAGGAUUAUUUCAACCACUUGGACCGUGCCGGUGGCUUUUUCUACGAGCGUUGGGGUGACGCACCUGUUCACAGUAUUGCCCUGGGUCUCUUCGAAGACUCUAGCAAGAUUCAUUGGUUCCGCGAUAUUGGCUAUCAGCACAUUCCCUUCUUCAACUGUCCCAACUCCCCCAAGUGCAAGGGCUGCGUUACCGGCCGUUUCACCGAUGGCGAGGCCUGGCUCAACAGGGAAGACUGCAGACCCAACUGGUUCAAGUACGUCGGCAUGGGCUAAGCUGGUGAACGAAUCCCGAACGACAAACACAUCGAAAGAAAUAAACACAAAACAGUAAUGGAGCGUUGGCGCUGGCUGGGUUUUCGACAACGAAAAGUCUCCGGGCCGCGCUGCUGUAUCAUACCCGGCUACGUAGCCUUGCGGCGUUGCAUAUGACAUGCUUUCGGGAUACAUACGCUUAUGGAACUGACGAAGGAACUUGUCUGACGCUGGCGGUAUCCAGCCAUCUAAUGAUGCUUGUACAUACUAAUUUAUGACGAAUUCCUGAUGCACGACACAUGAUCAAAAUGGGCGGUUACGGGGUGUGUUCUUGGAUUCUCAGGGCUGUUCUAUGCCACCGAAGACGCUGCGGAUACGCCUGUUUAGAGUAGCAUGAGGGUUCAAACGGUUAGAAGAUGCGGAACGGCUUACUCUUGUUGAAUUUUUGAUCGGAAUAGAGGAACCAAGUUGUACCCGCAU